AUGUUCUCAAGUUCGCUCUCUGCUCUCUGCAUUCUUGCCCUUUCCUCGUCUGCACUCGCUGCAACCGCCAGCUUUGGAACAUGCUCAACACCUCAGAUCAAGUUUGCAGCAGGGCUGGAUGGCCGUAAAGAAACAUCGUUCCAAGCAGUAGACCAAAAAUCCUACAACCAUGGAUCUACAGACGACAUUGAUACCACCGCAAACUUCAUCUGCCAGCAGGUUCAGACUAGCUGCAAGGGCAAUAGCGCUGCAGUAUCUCAAUGCAAGUCCGCUGUUACCGCCGCGGAUAAGGCCGCGAAGGGUACUGGUGCCCAAGCCGACGCAUUCAAUGCGGCAUUCGGCCAAAAGACGAACUUUGCCAACGUCGCUGUUGUUAACUCGAACGGUCAGACUGUCAGCUCUGGUUCCAACUCCGGUUCCAACUCGGGAACGAACACGCAAGACCCUCAAUCUGCAACGACCCUCGACCCAGCUGUGAUUGCAACAGGCUUCGCAUUGGACGGCCAACAGGUUCCCGCAGCUGGCCAGGUCGCCUCAUUGACCUCGAAGAACAACUUUAUCAACUUCUGCUUGACUGUCAACAAGCCCAUCACAAAUGGUCAGCAGAUCAAGACUGGUUCAUGUAACCCUGCGCCGAUGGGUGUCAUUGCCGCGACCACGAACAUGCCGUCUUCGAAAUUCCAAUUCCCGAAGAACGGUGACACGAUCAAGGCGAACCAAGAAUUCACGAUCCAGAUGGCGAUUAACAACCUUGCCGCUGGUAACUUCGUCAAUGCUGCUUCCAACUACUACUCCGCCCCGCAGCAGGUCGACUCGUCUGGAAACAUUAUUGGUCACUCUCACGUUGUCAUUGAGCAGUUGAGCAGCCUUGACCAGACGUCCACCACUGACCCGAACAAGUUCGCGUUCUUCAAGGGCAUCAACGGUGCUGCAGUCAACGGUGUCCUCACUGCCGACGUCACCUCCGGUCUCCCUGCCGGUACUUACCGUAUGUCAUCGAUCAACGCUGCUGCGAACCAUCAGCCUGUUCUCGUCGCCGUCGCCCAGCACGGCUCGCUCGAUGACAUGGUCUACUUCACUGUCACAAACUAAGCCGAAGGGUGAAGGUGUUUUAAAGUAGUUAUUCGUUGCUUUCCUGGGAAACUUAGUGUUAAGCGGGCUUUUUUUAAUUUCUUUCUUCAAUGGGCUUGUCAUU